AUGAGUUUUGAAAUUGAAGGCAGAGAACCCAAAAACGCAAAACGCAGAGAACCUAAAAACGCAAAACACAGAGAACCCAAAAACGCAGAAGCCAUCGCUGCCAAAAACGAAACCCUCGCCGCGCCACCAUCACCGCACCAUCAGCUCGCCCUUCGGUUCAUCCCCUACGAAGCCGUGGACAGGGACUGUCACGCCGCGGACAGGGACCGCACGCCGCGGACAACCUCCCACCUCCACGAACACGGACCGUCACACCGUGGAGAUCAAAUCGCGUCUAAACCUGAAAAGAAACAAGGGAAGAAGAGAUCUCGCCGCCACCUUGCUCUGACCUCGCCACGACCUCACCAUGCCUCGCCGCCACCUCGCCAUGCCUCGCCGCCACCUCGCCAUGCCUCGCCGCCACCUCGUAAUGCCUCGCCGCACUCGCCGCCAACGUUAAGUUGCUUCUGGGUUUCGUGGAGGUGGGAGGAUAAGCAAGGGGAAAGCGAAUGCGUGCUCUGGUUGCAAGUGAAAGGUUUAUGUUGGAUGCGUGCUUCUGGUGCAUUUCGAAAGGUUUAUGCCUCGGGAUUGCGUACAUCAAUACGUAGACAAGACCAAGGUGCUGAAGAAUAUUAUUUCUUUAGAUAUGGAUAUGGAUAUACAUCACGAUUAAUUGCGUUGGGACACUAUGUUAUACCAUACUUCACAGUUAGAUAUGUUGUUGGGACGAUAUUGUUUAUUGUUUUUUUGGUAUACAAGUGGAGAAGAAGACAUUCCUCGGCAUAUGAAAAUAUUGAAAAUUAUUUACACCAAAAUAGUUUGAUGCCUAUUCGAUACUCAUACAAGGAGAUUAAAAGGAUGACCAAAGGUUUCAAUGAAAAAUUGGGUGAAGGAGGUUAUGGUUAUGUAUUCAACGGAAAGUUGCGUAGUGGACCAUGUGUUGCCAUAAAAAUGUUACGAAAAUCAAAAGGUAAAGGAGAAGAUUUUAUCAAUGAAGUUGCAACAAUUGAAAGAAUACAUCACCAAAAUGUAGUACAUUUAAUUGGAUAUUGUCCUGAGGGCUCAAAACGUGCUCUUGUUUAUGAGUUCAUGUCCAAUGAAUCUCUUGACAAGUUUAUAUUUUCUAAAGAAGGAAAUCUACAUUUAACCUAUGACACAAUACAUGAUAUAACAAUUGGAGUAGCACGUGGAAUUUCAUAUCUACAUCAUGGGUGUGAGAUGCAGAUUUUGCAUUUUGACAUCAAACCCCACAACAUCCUGCUUGAUGAAAAAUUCACUCCAAAGAUAUCUGAUUUUGGAUUAGCAAAACUAUAUUCAACAGAUAAAAGUGUUGUGACUAUGACAGCAACAAGAGGAACAAUUGGAUACAUGGCUCUGGAGUUGUUUUAUAAAAAUGUCGGAAGAAUGUCAUAUAAGUCUGAUGUUUAUAGCUUUGGAAUGUUUUUGAUGGAAAUAGCAAACAAGAGGAAAAACCUAAACCCCCAUGCAGAGCAUUCAAGCCAACUUUACUUUCCCUUUUGGAUUUAUGAUCAACUUGACAAAGGGAAAAAUAUAGAAAUGGAAGAUGUCACCGAGAAUGAGAACAAAAUUGUAAAAAAGAUGAUCAUAGUUUCACUUUGGUGUAUACAAUUGAAACCAAAUGAUGGUCCUUCCAUGAAUAAAGUAGUGAAAAUGCUUGAAGGACACAUUACAAACUUAAAAUUACCUCCAAAGCCUUCUCUAUAUCCACAUGACACAUUGGAAGAUGGUGAAAGAAUAUUCUGUAACCAAACAACAUUGUCCCACUUUGUUGGUUCUUCAAGUUUAUCCAGAGAAGAAAGAUUGCCUCUAAUGUUACCUUAGA